AAAAAAGAAACUAUCAUAUAAUAGCUUUUCUACACAUUAAUAAGACUAUUUUAUACUUUUUGACUACUUCCCCCUUUCUAUUAAUAGAUAAAGCUUGCAAAGACUUAAAAAUUAAUUUUUUUUUAUUUAUCAUUAAUAUUAUAUUAUCCCGUUUUAAUUAAAUUUUCUACAAACAUAAAAUUUCUUAAACGAUAGUAUUUAAUGAAAUUAAAAAGACUAUUAUUUUCUUUAUAUACUGCAAUUUAGCUUGGAUAAACUAUUAUUUCUCCAACUUCGUUUGUACUAUUAUUUCUUGAAAUAGUUUUAAAUUUAAUUUAGGGUUAUCCUUAUACAAUAUUGGUUUCUUUAAUUAUAUUACCUAAAAAUUCAUUAAAUUAAAAAUAUGCACCCCUACUCAUCAAAAAUUCAGAUAAAUCUUAAUUUUCUUACCUAAAACAUAUUUUUAACAUCGCCUAUUAAUCUUAAUUUGGAACUGGUUCUUUUUUUAAUAUGUCUACUAAGUAUUUUAAAACUUCGAAUUCGUUCCCAAAGCAAGCCGCGUGUACUAAACUAUAUUAAUUUCCGUCUGUUGGAAAUCUUUUUUGAACUAAAAAUUUUAAAAGCUCUAAAUUUCCAUAUCUACAGGCAAACAUCGGUAGACUCCAAUUGUUCAUUGUUACAAAUUAUUUGGCAUUAUGAUCGUAUAUUUCAAUGAAUUUUUUUACUUUUUCG